GAGGCCCACCCGGCAGGCCGCGCCGGCCCCGGGCCUCGGCGUCGCCGCAGAGGUGUCCCGUGCCCGCAGCCCUCGGUGGCGGUUUCGGCUGGCGAGUUCCGGCGCGGGCGGGCGAGCGGGCGCGCGCGCGGGGGCGGGUCCCCGGGUGGGGUGGGGGGAUCGUCUCUGAAAGUGGGAGGGAGGCCCAGGAGCUGCAAGACCAGUCGAGUAGGCGACUUGAUGGAUGGUGACGGCGAAACAAAAGUGGGGCGAAAAGGAGAGUUCCGCUGUGCUGCGGAAGGGAGCGUAAGAGCCCGGAUCCGGGCAUGGAUGCUCCCCGCCGGCCUUCGGGAAUGUAUCCUGUCAGGUAUAAUGUCAGUGAAUGGAAAGAAAGUUCUUCACAUGGAUAGAAACCCAUAUUAUGGAGGAGAAAGUGCAUCUAUUACUCCUCUGGAAGAUUUAUACAAAAGAUUUAAAAUCCCAGGAGCACCACCGGCGUCCAUGGGCAGAGGAAGGGACUGGAAUGUUGACCUAAUUCCCAAGUUCCUUAUGGCUAAUGGUCAGCUGGUGAAGAUGCUGCUUUAUACAGAGGUCACUCGCUAUCUGGAUUUCAAAGUGACUGAAGGGAGCUUUGUCUAUAAGGGAGGGAAAAUCUACAAGGUUCCUUCCACUGAAGCGGAAGCCCUGGCAUCUAGCUUAAUGGGGCUGUUUGAAAAACGUCGCUUCAGAAAAUUCCUAGUGUACGUUGCCAACUUUGAUGAAAAAGAUCCUAGAACAUUGGAGGGCAUUGAUCCUAAGAAGACUGCAAUGCGAGAAGUGUAUAAGAAAUUUGACUUGGGCCAAGAUGUUAUAGAUUUCACGGGUCAUGCCCUGGCACUUUACAGAACUGAUGACUAUUUAGAUCAACCCUGUUGUGAAACCAUCAAUAGGAUUAAACUUUACAGUGAGUCUCUGGCAAGAUACGGCAAAAGCCCAUACCUUUAUCCACUGUAUGGCCUUGGAGAGCUGCCCCAAGGAUUUGCAAGGCUAAGUGCAAUUUACGGAGGUACCUACAUGCUGAAUAAACCAAUCGAAGAAAUCAUUGUACAAAAUGGAAAAGUGAUUGGUGUAAAAUCUGAAGGAGAGAUUGCUCGCUGUAAGCAGCUCAUCUGUGAUCCCAGCUAUGUGAAAGAUCGGGUAGAAAAAGUGGGCCAGGUGAUCAGAGUUAUCUGCAUCCUCAGCCACCCCAUCAAGAACACCAAUGAUGCCAACUCCUGCCAGAUCAUUAUUCCACAGAACCAGGUCAAUCGGAAGUCAGAUAUCUAUGUCUGCAUGAUCUCCUCUGCACACAAUGUGGCAGCCCAGGGGAAGUACAUUGCCAUAGUUAGCACAACUGUGGAAACCAAGGAGCCUGAGAAAGAAAUCAGACCAGCUCUGGAGCUCUUGGAACCAAUUGAACAGAAAUUUGUUAGCAUCAGUGACCUCCUUGUACCGAAAGAUUUGGGAACAGAAAGCCAGAUCUUUAUUUCCCGCACAUAUGAUGCUACAACUCACUUUGAGACAACCUGUGAUGACAUUAAAGACAUCUAUAAGAGGAUGACAGGAUCAGAGUUUGACUUUGAGGAAAUGAAGCGCAAGAAAAAUGACAUCUAUGGGGAAGACUAACGGCAGUAUAUGUCAUCUAAUUAGGACAAACUUAAAAAAUUUGGCAAAUGCAUAUUGUAUGAAAUCAAUAUUGUAAGGCCUGCUUUUGUAAUCAAAACAGAUUGCAGAGCACUGCACCAGUAAAUAUUCCUCCCCUUUCUAAUAUCAUGUAUUAACUUGUUUUCAUGGAGUGGCUGUUCAGAAUUGGCAGGUUACCACAUUCUGUUCAAUUUAACCAUUACUGGCUUUUUUUCUUCUAGUGAAGGAUCAGUUUUAAAAAAACAUUGUGAUACUGAUACAGAGAACUUGAUACAGUAUUUGUAUCUUUUAAUCAGUGUAGCCUUUGCAAUUAUGUGCUUCUGCUGCUCAAGAGCUGGAUCAGUACAAUUUGCGUGCCAUCUGUCCUCUUAACGUUAAGGAGAUUCGAAAUCGAAUAUUCCAUAAUUUGGGACAGCAUCCCUAAGUUUUCCCUAUCCCUUUACAUUUUGUGUCCUGUCAAGUAUUAUGACAGUGCCCAUGUAGCACAGCCACAAGUUUGGUUUAUGUGGGCCUAAAAUUCUAACCCAUCUCCGGACUUUGAGAGUCAUUUUGGAGGAAGCCUGUGUGCAGUGUUUUAACCUAAUACAACUGAUGAGAGCACAGGGGAAGAAACCUAUCAUAAAGCAGGUAAACGUAGAAGCUUCUUUUGUAUCCCAGGUGCGGCUUCUUCAACGGACCAAGCUGCGCUGCAGUAUUGACUUGAGAGAGCCUCCACCGUGUCUGUCUCAGAAUGGCUCCACAUGAUUUCUGUACUGCAGAAUAAAGCCAAACUCUGGAAACAGCUCC